AUGUCUUCUCAACUUCAGGACGUUGCUACCGUUGCGACCCCCCUCGCCAAGCAAGACAUCGUUUUCCAUGUCCAGGCCGACUUCACCAUCGCCUACUGGUCUAGCAAGAAACAAGACGAGAACCUGCGUGAGCAGUAUGACACUGCGAACCUGAAGGUCAGCGGGAACUACAUCAAGGUCAACCCGGAGCUGCCUAUUCUUGCUGCUGUUGCGUAUGAGAAUAGUGGCCAGGAUGUCGUCCGUGUUUUUUACGUCGGCCAAGACUUUACCCUUCGUGAACUUCGUCGUGUUGGUGAACCCGGAUCCAAGUGGUAUGAUGGCGAGUCCUUGAACAGCAAGGAGUGGGACAUUGAUUCGAAGAGCGGCCUGACUGCAAACAUAGUCAAGACAGGCAGCAUGGCUCAGCUCAAGGUCUUCUACCAGAAGAAGCCCAAUAAGCUUAGCGUUGCCUACAGUGUCCUGAACUUUGUCCAGGACUGGGAGGCCCGUGACGACUGGUCCAACCGCGCUAAUGUCACCAACUGA